GUGGGGCCGCGGCAUUGAUCAGUGACAUAGCCAGAGAGACACGGGAGAGUGAUAGAAAGAAGCCCCUCUCUCCAUUCGACUUCAAAUAAAUUAAAAGCAAAAAGCACUAGCUAAAGUAUAGGUCAGGGGGCAGUGUAAUGAGGCCGGGCACUUGGUACUGCAGUAAUUGACAGGGGCUGUCAGAGCUCCUGGGAUCUCCGGUACAGUAUUAUAUUGAGAGAGAAUUUUGUCCUCUUGACUCCCUCCUCCUUGCUCCCCCUUUCUACUCUGUGUCUCUAUGUGUUACUGACUUAGUCUUUACAUUGUCUGCACCAAGAUCAACCCCUAAAGGAGGAUGAGGCGGUGCAUUUGAAAAGCAACAGUUUUUUUUAAUCCCGCUCUCCAACAACCGUGUCCAGUUUUUAAUCAUCCCGGACUGGAUUUUUCUUUUGUGUUGAAGUUUUAAUCAGAAAUCGCCAGAGGAGUGGAUUUUGGGGAAAUCGGUUCCAGUGUCAGGUGAUGACAAAAAAACAGUUCUGUAUUUGGAUUUGAAACGUCAAAAAGACGAUAUUGUUAGACAAACGGAGAGUGAAACAUGGGGAGAAAGAAGAUACAGAUCUCCCGGAUUGUUGACCAGCGGAAUCGACAGGUGACCUUCACCAAACGGAAAUUUGGCCUGAUGAAGAAGGCGUAUGAGCUGAGCGUGCUGUGCGACUGCGAGAUUGCACUCAUCAUCUUCAACAGCACCAACAGGCUCUUCCAGUAUGCCAGCACUGACAUGGACCGAGUGCUGCUCAAGUACACAGAGUACAGCGAGCCGCAUGAGAGCCGCACCAACUCUGACAUCCUAGAGACGCUGAGAAAAAAGGGUUUAAAUGGAUGUGAGAGUCCAGAUCUGGAGAUUGAUGACUCCAUUGAGCCAAGCCUGGAGGUAAACGACAAAUACAGAAAGUAUGAAGCGGUGAAUCACAUGAACAACAGACAGAGGGUUUGUGCAGGCACACUGUCUAACCAUGAAGUGUCCAUUCUGGCUGCAGCACAGAGUGCCACCAGUUUGGCCUACAGCAACCCGACUGGGUCCAUCCUAAAUCGAGCUCCACUGCCACAGCCAAUUGUACCUCGAAGUGCUCAUUCAUCAGGGUUGACAUCACAAGUGUCCACAAUUUCUCAUUCAGGUGCUGGUUACUUGAAUACCCAUGUCUCACCAGGGAUGCUGGUCUCCCCUGGUAACCUUAAUAGAAACAUGGCAACAAGGUCCCCGACCCCUGUGAACCUUGGCCCCGACAACCGCAGAGGUGAAAUGCACGUGGUCUCAACUGGCUCCAGGAACAUGGUUGCGUCACUGAGAACGAAUACUUCAACUCUACAACCCACCUCACCGAUGGUUACCAUGACAACUCCCAGUCUAACUGGCCAUGGAUUAGGGGGUUACUCCUCCAGCCUAACUGGUUACUCACUGAAUGACAACGCUUCUGUCUCUGUGUACAACUCACCAGGUGGAGUCCAUCAGGACCAGGCUGCUAUUUGGCAGCCACGGCAGCACCAACACCAUCAUCCGCACCAGAAUGACCUUCAAUCUUCAGCACACCCCCAUUUGGGGGUUAUUGGCAACUCUCACUUGAGCCAGAGCUCCAGCCUGACCUUGCCCACCUUUCAAACGGUCAGCAUCAAGUCGGAACGUGCCUCCCCCCACAGCGAUGGAGGAGGAGGGGGUGGUGGAAUGUUCCAGCACCACGAGGGACGAUUGGCACUCAGCGGGCUGGACGGCGCCCACAGCCCUUGUGAAGAACCCAAGGAUUACGCCAAGGGCUACCAGUGCCCCAUUGUGCUGACCCGGCCCCCAGCCAGGGAUGAGGACAGCCUCACAGCCAAGCGGAUGCGUCUUGUGGAUGGCUGGCAGAGAUGACGCCCCGCGGUUAUGCUGAAAUUUACCAUUUUAAAAAAAAAACUGACGGAGGCAGCUCCUGGAUCUUGCUUUUAUUGUUUUGCAGUUCUUCCUGUGUUCUCCAUCAUAGGGGCCAGGGAUUAAUUUACCAUCGAAUCGGCCAGCCCUUUGAGAACCAGGCUGGCAUUUACCACUUUGAUUGGGGUGGGGGGGGUUGGGGGAGCAGGAAAAGGGGUGUUCCCUGCUCCUCAGCUUCUCUUUCUGUCCCUCUUUGUGGCUUCUCCCCAGAACCUCGGCUGGCUAGAGGCCUUCACGCGGGUUUCUGUCGCUCUGUUUCUGUCCUUAGAUGCAUUUAUUAUUUUUUUUUGUUCCUUCUCCCUCCCACCCCCUUUAGUAUCUGCGGCUCACCUCUGUGGAAGCAUGUGGUAAAUGUGCCUCACGCACCUCCCCUCCCCUCCCCCCACCACCCCCGUUCAGGUGUUUGCUGCCACACGGACCAUGAAAGAUCCUAAGCUCAAUUCUUGGUCCGUGGCUGAGGGCGGGAGAGCCGGACAGGCCACCCUGGGACGAUGGUUUCUCCGGGUGCUGGGCAUCUCUGGUAACACCUGUCCCAAGUGGCCCUUCCUCACGUGUGUAAUGGCAGGCUGUUUGACUAUAUGUGGCAUCGCGGCCACGCACAGUCCUCUUCUCGCUUGAACUCCAUUGAAGCACGCGCAAGGGAAUGCUGGGUAGUGAUCAGGCACAGGAACCGAGGCUGGAAGUUUCCCCCGUUUACCCCACUAGGGUGGUGGGGCAAAAUGCAGUCCCCCACAACCCCCUUCACCAUGCAAACUGCCCUGGCUAAAAUUAUGCUACCUUGUACGUUCAGGAAUUGAUACGGGCAACUUCCUCAGUUUUGCAUGGAUGGGGAGGGGUGCAUUUCCCCGGUAAACCAUGGGUGUGGGUGUCCAGCAGCAGAGGGUUACUACUUUCUACUCUGAGCUCAUCCACAACCGAGAUCAGGAUUUCAUCCUUGCCUGCCUCACAUUGGCAUAUUUGCACCAAUCCACAGUGCCACAAGGGCAACAUAGCUGACCCAGGAAAGCAGCUGGUAAUCCAACAUCUGGCCAUUUUGAGAAGUGGGGGGGGCGUGGAGGAGAUGGGACAGGGAGACGCAAUUGAAGAUGGAGACUGUCGGAGCAAUUCUUGUUCAUGCCCCACAGAUCGUUCUCACUCCUGCACCCAUCAGACAAGGUGUUUUGGGAAGGGUUGAGGGCUCAUUUUAACCUAGGCUGCUGGGCAGGAAUCCCGCAGGAUUGGGAGGAACACGGGCUUUGCAUCCCUUUUGAUAUCACCCCUCGCUCACUCCAACCAAAAGUAAAAUGAGGUAGGGUGUAAAAACUGGUGUUAGGUUAAAAACAGCCUUUCGUUAGAUCAUAGAGACGACACAUUCUAUCAUUUAUUUUGUGGAUAUCACAGGCUGGAAAUGUGUUUCUGUAAACUCUGGGCAUCGUAGCUCACAGUUAAUCUAACCGUAGAACAAAAAUAAAGCUCUGGGUUUCUCUGCUUUCCCGGAUGCAGAGGGAAUGUAUCACAGGUUCUCAAUGCUCCUGAAUAUUCGAAUCUUGAGGGUUAAACCGCUCCCCCACCCCCCACCCCCCCAGUUUCAAAUGGGAAACCAUUGCUUUGUUAAAUAUUGUUCAGUUUUAUUUUUUAAAAGUGAAGGUUUUUCGCAGUGCGAAUAGAUUUCUGUGUCACUCUAGUCUCUGUGGUGUGAAACCCGUUUAAAGGUGGGGGUAAAAGGGAACGUGUAUGGCAAACUUUUUUUUGUACCAUCGGGGAGAGGGUGCCUGUGCCACAUUUUUGUCAUGAGGGUGUGAUUCUGUGAGUGACACAAUGUCUUUCAAUAACAGGUUCCUGGUCUGGGAGCAAUCAUAAGGCAGCUUGCCAGCUGCAUUUAAGAUAAAUUCCCCUCAUCUCCUGUUUUCUCCCCCUAUUCUCCCCUUGCCACCCACCUCUCCCCUCACUACCCCUAACCUCUCCUCACGCCCCUC